AUGCCCUGUUCUUUGCUCCUCCUGCUUGCUGCUGCACUGUGCAGCAGCGCCGCUACAGUUACCUAUGAUUUCAACGUGACCUGGGUCGCGGCCAAUCCUGAUGCAGCUCAUCGUCGCGACACCAUCGGCAUCAAUGGCCAGUGGCCUCCCCCCGCCAUCGACGUCACCAAGGGCGACCGUGUCAUCGUCAACGUCAACAACCAACUCGAGUCCGAGAGUACCAGCUUGCAUUUCCAUGGUAUCUACAUGAACGGCACGAAUCACAUGGAUGGCCCGACUGGGGUCACCCAAUGCGAAAUCCCGCCUGGAAGCUCCUUCACUUAUAACUUUACCGUUGACCAGCCCGGGACCUACUGGUAUCACUCUCACAACCGUGGACAAUACCCUGACGGCUUUCGUGGACCUUUCAUUGUCAGAGAUCCUGAUAGUCCGUUCAAGGAUGACUAUGACGAGGAGGUCAUCUUGACCUUCUCUGACUGGUACCAUGACCGUAUGCCGACUCUUUUAAAAGGCUUCAUCAGUGUCACCAAUCCCACUGGAGCAGAGCCGGUUCCCAAUGCAGCAUUGAUGAAUGAUACCCAGAACCUCACCUUCCACAUGACUCCAGGAAGAAGGUACAUGUUCCGUCUGAUCAACAUUGGGGCUUUCGCUGCGCAGUACGUUUGGUUCGAGGGACAUACGAUGAGUAUUGUCGAAGUCGAUGGCAUCUACACAGAGCCUGCAGAUGCCGAAAGACUCUACAUCACUGCCGCUCAACGUUACAGCGUGAUAAUCACAGCCAAGAACGACACCAACUCCAAUUACGCCUUUGUUGGAAGCAUGGAUGAGGAUCUUUUUGAUACUGUUCCUUCAACCCUCAACAACAACGUCACCGGAUGGCUUGUCUACGACAACAGAAACGCAAACCUUCCGCCUCUGCAGAUCGGCGAGUACGAUCCCUUCGAUGAUUUUUCGCUCGUGCCGCAGGACGGUAUGGCGUUGUACGACCGUGUAGAUCAUUCCAUAACGCUAGACAUGAAGAUGGAUAACCUCGGGGAUGGAGCAAACUACGCCUUCUUCAAUAAUGUGACGUACGUCGAGCCAAAGGUCCCGACGCUCUACACCGUGCUGUCCACUGGGGACAACGCUACCGACCCCGUCAUCUAUGGCACCAACACGAAUUCUUUCGUCUUGGGCAAGGAUGAGGUUGUCGAGAUCAUUCUGAACAAUAAUGAUUCCGGCAAGCAUCCCUUCCAUUUGCACGGCCACGCUUUCCAAGCAGUGGCUCGCUCUCAAGAGGAGGCCGGCUCCUACGUUGGAAAUGAGACUUUCCCAUCUAAGCCCAUGCGCCGUGAUACUUUCCUCGUUCACCCAAACGGCAACAUCGUAUUGAGGUUCAAGGCCGACAAUCCUGGCGUCUGGCUUUUUCACUGUCAUAUCGAAUGGCACGUCGCUUCAGGUCUCGUCGCCACGAUGGUCGAGGCCCCACUUGAUCUACAAUCCUCACUUAGCAACAACAUUCCUCCUGAUCAUUGGCGUGCCUGCCUCGCUGCCGACACACCCACCGCAGGAAACGCCGCCGGGAAUACCAUCAACUACCUUGAUUUGUCCGGUGAAAAUAAGAGCCCGGCACCGCUCCCUUCAGGCUUCACCGCGAGAGGCAUCGUCGCGCUCGUCUUCAGCUGCAUCUCCGCCGCGUUGGGAAUGGUGGCUAUCGCUUGGUACGGCAUGGCGCCGCUGAUGUCGCCGAGUGAGAGACGCCAGCAGAAGCAACAGCAGCAGCAACAAAAGGAACAGGCGCAGGAACAAAAGCGGCAGGGACGCUUGGCUCAGGUUGGCGUCAUGCCAUCGGCGGUGGCGGCAAAGCACCAGCGGAGGCAGGUCAGCCGGUCGGAUCUCGAGGCCGAGAUGCGUGGAGAGCACGCCGAGAUGACGAUGGUGGAGCAGAGGCGGACCAGCCGAGGUUCAUCGAACAUGCUUCACGAUGCGGCGGCAAGAGGCAGUAGGGGCUCAUCACAUCUGCUGGAGCCCACGAGGAGGGGCAGUCAUGGGUCGAGCCAGAUGCUGGAGUCGAGGACGGUCAGUCGGGGGUCGGGCUAUGUGCUCGAAUCGAGGUCGGGUAGUCGGGGGUCAUCGACUAUGCUAGAGACGAGGAGGAAUAGCCGCGGGAGCGAGCAGAUGCUAUCAUAA